AAGAGAUUUAUGCAAACGGGCUGGGGCGGUGAUGUCACCCCAAGGGGACUAUCUCCCAGUGGCAGGCCCUUCGAUAAAAUCAGGAACUUGUGCUGGCCCUGCAAUGUCAAGGGAGGGGGCUCACCCAGGGCUCCUGUAGCUCAGGGGGCAGGCCUGAGCCCUGCGUCUGACCCACGACCGUCCAGCCCCCCGACGGGGCACCUGGUCCUGAGGGGGAUCCACAUUGAUCUCUACCGAAGCAGGGGAUCUGAUCAACCUGGAGCUCAGCUGGAUGUUACAGGCGUGCAAAAUGGAAGGGUUUCACCUCGUCACCCCUCCAUCAGAUGAUCUGGUUACUUUCGAACCAGCAGAACUAUACCCACGUCAAACGCAUGAUUACUACCCCUUGAUCGGCGGUGAUGGAGACAGCCAUAGCGAUCAUUACUGGGAUUUCUCUGCACACCAUGUACACAAUGAGUUUGAGACUUUCCCUGACAACCACUUCACGGAGCUGCAGAGCGUGCAGCCCCCGCAGUUACAGCAGCUCUACCGUCACAUGGAGCUGGAGCAGUUGCACGUCCUCGAUACCCCCGUGGCACCACCCCAUGCCGGCCUCAAUCACCAGGUUUCCUACAUGCCCCGGAUGUGCUUCCCUUAUCCACCCUCGUCCCCAGCCCACCAGCAGAGCUCAGAUGAGGAGGAGGGUGAGAGGCAGAGUCCUCCACUAGAGGUGUCUGAUGGAGAAGCUGAUGGCUUGGAGCCUGGGCCAGGCCUUCUGCACGGGGAGACAGGCAGCAAGAAGAAGAUUCGCCUGUACCAGUUCCUGCUGGACCUGUUGCGCAGCGGCGACAUGAAGGACAGCAUCUGGUGGGUGGACAAGGACAAAGGUACCUUCCAGUUCUCGUCCAAGCACAAGGAGGCGCUGGCGCACCGCUGGGGCAUCCAGAAGGGCAACCGCAAGAAGAUGACCUACCAGAAGAUGGCGCGCGCGCUGCGCAACUACGGCAAGACGGGCGAGGUGAAGAAAGUCAAGAAGAAGCUCACCUACCAGUUCAGCGGCGAGGUGCUGGGCCGCGGGGGCCUGGCCGAGCGGCGCCUCCCGCCCCACUGAUCACCCGCAGAGCCCGCCAGGCUCCCGGCCCCCGCCGGCCAUAGCAUUAACCUGUCGCCCGGCCCGGACACAGGGAGGACAUUCCCAGGGCCGAGGCAGGACUGGGGGCCCGGCCUCGCCCUCCCAUGCCCGGGCUGGCCCGCCCCGCCCGCUUCGCCUCCCACCAGGACUCUUGCCCGGUCCAAGGGCCGCCUGGACCUCGGACUUCACCCGAGGGUCAGCCUGGCUUAGUGGCCACGGUGCUUGGGAGUCUGGCGUUGGCACCUUUUUGUAUAUUGAAUGCUUUUUUGAAAGCUCUUCCUUUUCCCACCUCUCCCACCCUUUAGCCUCUGAAGACAAGUAAACUUAUUGUCAGCUAUUCUCCCA